AGGAGAUAGAAAAGUUUCAAGAGUUAGAAGAAUCAGAACAGUUAAAAAAGUUAGAAGAGUUAGAAAAGUUAAAAAAUUUCGAAGAGUUAGAAAAGUUAAAACAAUUAGAAGAAUUAGAAAAGUCAAUGGAACCUAAAGAAAUCACACAAUGUCAAGUAAGGUCAUAUACCUGGAUUUUUACAAAAACUACAAUAUAUAAUACAGAUAUAACUGACUUAAAGCCGUGA